UCAAGUACCAAAUAAGUCUCUGAAAAAGAACCGCAGAUCAAACGUCACACAUAAAAGAUACCUUCUUGGGGCCUCACUCUCGAGAGCUUCUCAUUGUGAAAAAAAAGAGACACACGUUGAACACCAAUGCCAGUGAAGGGAAAUAGCAGAGUUCUCAUCGCUGCGCUCCUGUUGCUGUUCGCCCGUUGUGAUGGAAACGCGUCGCAGCCUCAGGGAGACUCACCUCGAGCGCACUGUAUCACCAGCCUGGAGGGACAGUUGUGUACUCUGUCUGAAACCCAUCUGAAUGGUUCUGGUCCUACCAGACUAGAGGUCCCUGCUGGACAGAGGCUCCUGAUCACCAUGCAGAGCCUCCCAGGAGACCCUGUCUGCAGCUGGAGCCGUGGAGCUGAUCCAAAAAGAAGGGGCUAUUCCUUGACCAUACUACAGACACAUGUGAGUGAUUCUGGAGAGUACACAUUCAGCUGUGAGAGAGGCGGGAUCAACUCCUCUCUGACCCUCUCUCUACUGGUCGUACCUCUGCUAAGACUUCCCACAAAACCACAGCUGAAAUUUAUCCCUGGGAAAAGAGGCUUCUUACCAGACUAUCAGUGUUCUUCAGAGGGAAACCCUAAGCCCAAGAUCAAAUGGUUCAACAAUCUUGACAAGACUGGAAAAGGUCAUGAUGGGACAGACAUUCCCUCUACGAUCAAAGAGAGGGCUAACAACAAAGAGAAAAGUAAAAAUUACUACAGGACAACAGUUAUGUGCUGUGCUAGCAAUUCUCAGGGAGAGGCGUGUUCUCAACUAUAUGAUUACGAUCUGGACCGUGCCAGUGAUGAGGAUGAUGAGGCUCCAGAGAUCACUGUGAGUCCUGGGCAGUCCCUGCUGCUCAGCUGUCGGCAGAAAGAGAACAGCACCGCACAGUGGCUGCCUGACAACCAAGUCUCCAUAUAUCAACUCACAUAUAAAGAAAUAUAUAUGACCUACCUGUUCAUUGAGUCGGUGACAGUGAACCACAGUGGAAUCUAUACAUGCCGAGGCAACAAGAACAAGGUCAAAUCCACCCAUGUCCAGGUCCUGGAGAAGGGCUUCAUUUCUAUCGACCAGCUGAAUGAGAGCAGUACCAUCUCAGCCCAGGAGAAGCCAGGGUUCUGUCUGCGGGCCCUGGUCUCCUCAUACCCUCUCCUACGCUGCCAUUGGCUGGGCCCGGACAGCAGACAGACCCAGUGCCCUGAGCCCACACGGCUCUGGAAGAGCAGGACUCUGGAGUUGUGUAACACAGAGCCAGGAGAGUAUCAGUUACACCUGGAGGCUGGGGAGGUGAACCUCACAAAGACCCUCUCUCUGUGUGUGGCAGGUACGUCCACCCCCAGUCUCUUACAGAAUGGAGACAAUAUCACCUGUGAGACCAACAGCCCCCUCCCCUUCAACCUCACCUGGAGCUCCUGCUCUUUGACCAAUGACAGCUGUCAGUCAGAGUCUGCAGCCUGGAAGGAGAUCCCUGCCCCACCCCCGAAGCUCUCUGACUCAGACCAGUUCUGUCAUAAGAGGAUCCUCAGUACCCGGGACAGUACGGAGGUGGGGGACUUUGUCAAGUGCUGCAUCACAAACUCUGUCCACUCACAGUCUCACUGCAGUGAGACACUGUUCAACAUACAAUUUAAAUCUGUUCCACCAGCCUCCUCUCAACUCCUCCUGAAAGUGUCCAGUCUGGCCCUGUUCCUGGCUUUGAUGCUGGUCAGCCUGGCGCUGCUCUACUUCAUCAGGAAGAAGAAACCCCAGUACCAGAGUCAGCUGCAGAUGAUCCAGAUGGUUGGGCCUAAUGACAACGACUACAUCUACAUCAACUUCAAAGACUUCCAGUAUGACCAGAAAUGGGAGUUCCCCAGAGAGAACCUGGAGCUGGGGAAGGAGCUGGGCUCUGGGGCCUUUGGCAUGGUGCUUCAAGCUACAGCCUACGGAAUCAGCAAGCCGGGAGUCUCCCUGCAGGUGGCUGUCAAGAUGCUGAAAGAGAAGCAUGAGACAGUAGAGAAGGAGGCCCUGAUGUCAGAGCUGAAGAUGCUGACUCACAUCGGACAGCAUGCCAACAUCGUCAACCUGCUGGGGGCAUGCACUGGCUCAGGGCCCACGUACCUGAUAUUUCAGUACUGCCGUAACGGGGACCUGCUGAACUACCUGAAGAACAACAGAGAGCUCUACCACAAGUCUCUGACCGACGCCUUCACCAGGGACCGCUUCAGUAGACUUUACCACAACCUGCCCAAGAGGAGCUCCAGGUUGGGGUUAAUGGAGUUUCAGAGGCCAGUGGACAGCAUAUACAUCCCCAUGUCCCCCACCACCACUAGAGGGCAAGAGAACAUCGCCCUGAUCAGCCUCAACUCUUCUCCCAUGAACACCUCUGAUGGUCCAGGGAUGUAUGAGGAGUUAAAUGAGCUGCAUGAGGAGGAGGAGGAGGAGGAGGAGGCGCUGACCUACGACGACCUGCUCAGCUUCUCCUAUCAGGUGGCCAAGGGCAUGGACUUCCUGUCCUCCAAACACUGUAUCCAUCGGGACCUUGCUGCCAGGAACGUGUUGGUGACUCAGGGUGGACUAGUAAAGAUCGGGGACUUUGGACUGGCCCGGGACAUCGACAAUGACUCCAACUACGUAGUGAGAGGAAAUGUACGUCUGCCAGUGAAGUGGAUGGCUCCAGAGAGUAUCUUCCAGGGGAUGUACACCAUGCAGAGCGAUGUCUGGGCCUAUGGUAUCCUGCUGUGGGAGGUCUUCUCUCUGGGUGUGACCCCCUACCCAGGGAUAAAGGUGGACAACAACUUCUAUGUGAUGAUAGAGAGAGGUUUUAAGAUGGAGCAGCCAUACUACGCCAGUGAAUCUGUGUAUUUGAUCAUGUGUAUGUGCUGGGCCUUGGAGCCUCGGGACCGUCCUCACUUCUCCAAGCUGGUGGCCUUCAUGGACGACCAACUGGCCGACAUGGAGGAGAAGCUCUACCAUAACAUCCUGGACAAGAGCUGCAGUCAUGUGUUAUACCAGAAUGCACCGGUGAAAUCUGAUCUCUCAGCCUUGGCCAAAGAAAAGGGUCAUGAAGCACAGUCACAGAACCAAUACUGCAAGACCCACUCCACUGGAGAGGCCCCAACAACACUGUCUGACAGGGUUGCCAUGGAGACUGAUGAUGACAAUCCUCUGAAACCAUGUCAGUGAGAGCAGUGGCCUGUCUUUCUAAUUCUUCUGUGCCAUAAGGAUUUCUCCUAUUAUAUCCUGGUAGUGUAUAUUUGUAUAAUGCUGUGGAUUUCAAAUGCACUGAUGACUUGCUUUUUCCAAAUAUGUUUAACAAUGAAUAUGUCAAUUAAAACUGUUUUUGUAUCAAAGGCUAGUAGCUCCGUCACUGUAGGAAUUGAUAAAGUCAUAUUUAACAUUGUAACAUAGUAAUGGAUGUCAAAAUUAACACAACCUGUUUUUGUGAAAAUAUUAUACACUGUGUGCAACUAAUUCAAUAUUAAUCAUGUUAUUACUGAGAAGAGAUAUUUCAAUCAUUUUGACAGCUGGAUCAUUCUGUCUUUUCUUUCCUAUGUGAAGUUAUUUAAAAAAUAAUAAUAACAAUGAUUUAGUUUUCGGUAUGUUUGUCCAUCUGAGUUCUGGAAAUUAUUCAAAUAUUUGAAAUAAAGUAUUUGAAAUGA